UGCUUGACCUAGCAACCUUUGAUUUUGUAUAGUUGUUUCACUCUAGGCGCUUGCUUUUUUUUCAUUGCUUACGAUCUUUCUCUUUAAAUUUACAUGCGAAAAUUUGUCCAGUUCCCGUACCCAUUUGUACCCGCGUAACAAUUGCACUUGCAAUGUUAAUUUAUAAACCUUCAAAAGUUUGAUUUUAAACUCUCGGAUUGAAUGAUCAAAAACGCUGGUUUUAGAUUUUGUGUUCAAUCAAAAUUUGAUAGAAUUUCUUGAUAUGCGCUAAUUACCUGGUAAAAUUGCAACAAUCUGCUUUUUUGAUUCGGUCAGGCCGGAUGUUAUUCGCUAAACGACAAACUUGGCUACCGUAUGUCAUCCGCAAAUUGGAGGUCAUUCGGUUGGACCGAUGUCAUUCGCGAACCGACAAUCUUGGAUACCGCAUGUCAUUCGCAAACCGGAUGUCAUUCGGUCGGACUUGAUGACAUUCGCAAAAAAAAAAACUUGGAUACCCCCUACUAAGAUGUCAACUGUUUCACCGUUAUGCAAUUUCCUUAUUAUGUUUGAUACGCAAGGACGUACAUUGAGCUAAAAGCCUCACCGCCUUGGUAAACGACAAUAUACGUUAUUAAUUUUUCCUUUGUGACCGAAAAGCAGAGCAAAUCACUUGAGUUCGCUAACUGUUUAGUUCGCUUAACUUUAUUUUUGCACCUUGUGUUUUUUGAUACUGCUCUUAUAUUACGGUAAUUAUGAUUUUUUAGACUCGGACAUGUCCAAGCAGAUGAGAGCUAAAAUCCCAGAAGUCGGUAAUUUUUUUCGACAACUGGAGUCUCAAGAAGGAACUGAAGUCGUUCAUGACUGCUUGGAAAUUAAAAGACUAAAAGAGAUAUUUGUAAUUAAGGCAAGAAAGGAACGAACAACCGAGCUAGAGACCGCCUUGCAUAAACUUCUCACCAGAAAUCGCUCGGCUCGUUCCAGUAAGCAAAAAGAGUUUGAACAAUUUGUGGUGUAUGCAACCGAUGUGUGCCAAUCUUACAAAAUCAGUAGUUCAGAGUUUGACAACCACGUUUAUUCUUGGAUACAAUCGUCAAGAUAUUUCAAUAUCAAGUUCAGUCAGCCUCUAACGGAGGAUCAAAAAGAAAUGAUUGACGAUCUCGAGAUAUUUGUUAGAAAAGCAAGUGUGAUGGGGAGAACCAUUAGUAAUGAAGCUGCUUUUCCAACUCUGGAGUCUCACGGUGAGGAAUUUGUUACUUCAGACUACCCUGCUCAGCUCUGGAUCGAUCAGUGGCGUGAUUUUUGCGAAAAUAAUCCAAAUUUAGAUCUGACUCGCAGUGAAGACGAUUCCGAUGUCGAAUAUGAAGACAAAGGCAAAAACGAAGGCGAAGACAGCGAAGUAGCCGAAGAGGAAGGCAAAAACGAAGACGAAGACGGCAACGUAGCCGAAGACGAAGUAAGAGACGACGAUUGCGACGAUGAUGAUGAUUUCAAUUUCAUUUUUGAAGACUGGCCUCCUCAGAUAACUAUGUUUGAAACCUCAGACUAUGAUGAUUGGAUGGAAAGGGACAUUUUGAAAUCCUGGUCCAAAAGAUGCAAGCCUAGACUCAAGCGAAGUGCAAUUAAAGAGUUGCUACAUCUAAGGAUAACCCAGCGUGAGUUAGCUGCAAAGCAUCCUGUUUGGUCAAAUUGUACCAACUUAACAUCUAAGCCUUGGGAGAAUGCUAAGCGUCUACUCGACAUUUUUCAUUCAAUUGAAGAAAAUGAACAAAUGCUGAAAGAACUCUCUGAGUCAUCCAAUUCAGGUAGGAGGCCUUCUGAAUUUGGUCAAAAUAGCUCAGCAAUUUUCAUGAUAAUUCAAGAUACAACCGACAUUAUUCGUUUUGACGACAAAAAACCUUCUAAGAAAGAGUCAAAAGAAAUGGCAGGAUCUGAUGGUAACCUGCAGGAGAAAAUUCGAAAACAACUAGACUCUCAGAGCCAGGAAAGGACGACCAACGAAUUUUCUGAUAUUAUGAUAAGUUACAAUUGGUCAAGUGGAAAAGAUCUCGCGCUUCGACUCUCAAAAGACUUGAAAACUGCGGGAUACAAAGUGUGGAUAGAUGAAGAAGAAAUGGGCAUUCAAAUACAUGAGUCAAUGGAGAAAACCGUUCGUAACUCCAAGAUCAUCCUUCCCAUUUUAUCCAGAGAGUACGAGGAGAGCACAAACUGUCUUCUUGAAUUCAACUACGCAUUUGAUUUAAGGAAAAAAAUAAUCCCGAUUUUAUGCCAAAAAGGAUACCGAGCUGAAGGAACAGUUAGAAUGAAAACGCUAAGCCUUCUAUACUCCGAUUUCUCCAGAACUGGCGACGACGACAAGGACGAUAAGAAAUACGCGAAAACAUUCAGGAACUUGGUGAAACAGAUCCAAAAACUUAUUAAAAAGACUCCCCAUCAUCGAGGACGCAAAAGUGUACAUAUGAACAUCGAAGCUAUGUUAUUCCGAUGAACUUCUGAACAAAAAUAACGUGAUUUUUUGGUGAAAAUCCAAGCAAAAAAACUCUGAUUACUCACAAUUCAAACAGAAAAACUAUUAUUUGUUCAUAUUAGCUGUACAAAUUGUAAGGUAAACGGAUUCAUUUAUAUAAGACGGAAAAAAAUUUAAGAGUUUUUAUUCGCCGAUAAGAUUUGAGUAUCCAGAAAUUUCAAAUGUAUCGUGACAAUCUCACGGAAAUUAACUAACUAAGGACAUCAAAUUGAAUACAAACCGAUAAUUAAAUUGUUCUGAAAAAUCA